AUGGAAACUGAAGCCGCUGGCUGCUAUGCUGAAGCGAAAUUAGAUAAUGCAGGGAUUUCAAGCAAUCUGAACCAGGUCUAUCAUUCUACUCAUUUGUCUAAGCCACGACUUGAAAGUGGCAAACCUUUAUUGGACUCGAAAAAUGCCAAUACGGCCUCUACCGAGAACCCUACUCACUCUUUAGAAAGUGAGGUAGCGGUUCCUCAAAAUAUUGACGGUGCGGAAUCGAAAGAGGUUGUUCAAAAUCCGCACAAUGACUGUGUAGAUGAUGCACAAAUGCAUCCUGCUGAUAUUAUUAAUCCCAUUAGUGAUUAUGCGCAAGUGUCUUCUCAAUCGUUGGAAUUCAAGUCUUUAGAUGCCAAUGUUAAGGCUUCGGAAUUACAUAAAGAAUUCGAAUGCGUAAAUAAUCAUCAAGUGGGGAUCUCAACUUCAGAAAGAGAGAAUGAAAGUAAAGUCUGUGACUCACCUUGGCAAACCAGUGUGUAUCAAGGUGACCAAAAAGUAAUACACAAUAGUUCUGAAGAACAGGAAACUAAUGGUUCUACUUCAUUGGAUGAUCAAGUCUGCUUAAACGCUCCCCAUCCCGUGAAUUUACAGUCCCUUGGCUGUGAAGGUGGCACUGCUGAUUCUACACAAGGCCCUGUCUCUAGAGAAGAAUCUAACUGUUCUAGUUCAUCAACAACAGAAAACAAGGCAGACAUCCAUUCUCACUCAGAUAAUUCUACUUCCAUUCUUGCUUCUUCAACCGACAAAGUCAAUGAGGAGGAUGAUUCGUCUUCCAACUUUUUCUCCAUUGGAGGAAUGGAAGACCCAAACAAAGUUUCCGUCCUCCAAGCCAAAGUUGAGGAUUUGACGAAAAAGUUGCUGCGGUCUCAGGAACAAAUGGAAUCUCUUUUGGAGGAGAAACAGCGGUGGCUAACGAAUCGCCAGCAGCAAUCUCAGCCAUACGCCAAGCACAAGACUAGUGUCUCAUCAGACACCGCUGCCAUUGUGGUCAAAUUUGCCCAGUCAGAACGGCAGCGGAUGAAAGCCGAGGCCAAAGUGGAAGAGCUUGAAGCCACUAUUGCUCGUUUGAGGACAGAAAACAUUCCCAGUUCCGACUCGGCUAUCCCAACCAAACAAUCGGGAUCUAUUGAGGAGUUCAGUAAGGCUCUCGCAGAGGCUCGGGAACGGGCGGAGCAUUUACGCCACGCGCUGCGACAGGAGGAGGCACGAGUGGGUGACCUCGGCGCACAGUUGGCCACCACUCGCGAGGCGCAUCGCAACGAACAGAAACGCGCCGCCGGACAGGCAGAAGUGAUAAGUAAACUCAACCGCGACAUCGACUCCCUCAAACGACAGCUCAAAGAUGCAAACAAAGUGCGAGAGCGAGAGGCCAAGCGGCUGUGCGAUGAGAUGGCUCUUCGUGAGACCACGGAGAAGUACAACAAGGCUCUCUCCGAAGUGGCAGCUCUUCAGGAACGCGUCACGCAACUGGAGGAGGUGCAAAAGUCCAAGCUGGAUUUGGAGGGCAAAUACGAGGCCUUGCAGAAGGCUCACGACAGCCUCCUAUCGGUGCGCGAGGAGAUGGCGAGUUGUGUGGAGCGCGAAACGCAACUGUCGGAGUUCACGCGGCGCCUGACAGAGCGCAACGCGGGCCUGCAGACGGCGCACCUGGCGACACAGGCGCGGCUGGAAGCGAGCGAGCGCGCCGUGGGCGAAGCGAGCCGCGCCGCCAAGGAGGCCACCGACCUUCUUCACGCCCUUGAGCAGCGGGCUCGGACCGAACGUACCCAGGCCGCCAAUACCAUCGCUAGCCUUGAGGCGAAAAUAUCUGGAUUGAGACAAUCUGAGGAAGCACUAAAGGUGGAGUUGACUCGUGAGCAAGUAGAGAAGGCGUCGCUCAAACGCAAGCAGCAUGCUCUGGAUCGCGAGCUGGCACGUCUGAUGGCCCAGCAGCGCAAGCUCUCGCAUCAGGUAUCGACGAGUGGGCCACCGUAUCAAGACGCCACCUUGGAUAGGUCACUCACCGACUCAAACCUCAGCCUCUCCGCGCCCAACAAUACCACCUCAGUGACGUCGGAUCCUUUGAAGCCCUCACCCUCGCCUCCAGUGCUUGGAGACGCGCUGCUUGUGGCUUCCAAAAAUGGUGAAAUGGCUGCAACUCAUGUGGUCUCAGUGGCGAGAGAAGUGGCUGAGGAUAAUAUCAGGACGCCUGACCUCGAGGUGCAAACUCUGGAGCCGAACCGGGUGCUCUUGCUGAACAAGAUCGACCGCCUCCAGCGCACCAACGUGCGUCUUAUGGAGAAAAUUGACUUCAUGCAUGAGCACAUUGACCAACUGACGCAGGAGCUGCAGAAAAAGUCGCAGAUUUUACAACACUGUUUGACGCGAGAGUCAGACAACGAGGGUGCGGCGGUGCCGUCGGCAGUAGACGCGAACAAGCGGCAGCGCAUGCGUCGCGGCGGUACCCUCAUGGCGGCGAUAUUUGCAGGCGAGGGCGAUACCACCUCCUCCGACCUCCGCACCUCUCUGCAACUCAAUCAAAAACUCCAGUCGGUGCUCGAGGACACGCUCUACAAGAACCUCACUCUUAAGGAAAACGUCGAUACUCUUGCAGACGAAGUUGCAACACUGAAACGAGCCAAUAAAGAGCUUAAAAGCCUCGUGUCAACCCGAUCGGGCCAAUUAACAGCCGGUCCUCAUCGGUGA